UCCUCCGAUGAUACCAUGGCCGUUCGAAACACUACAGUUAUUCUCACCUAAAGGACUAACUGAACGGGGCUUUGUUAUGUUCCAAUGACAAACCAUUUUUUUUUGUCCUUGCGUACGUUUUGACAUCUAAUAGAUUUAGUCAAUAGCAUCAUCAUCAUUCAACACACGUGAUUCACGCGACAUGAAACGUGACAAUAACAAAAGUGAAACAUGGGGAGAAGUACUUUUAUAGAUCAACAAGUCUAAGUGUACAAAGAAUCUUUUUCAAGUUUUCGUCCACUCAAACCAAAACAAAUUUCAGUGAUAAUUAAGGGAGCUUCAUCUUUCAAUAAAGAAGCGAAUCUCCAGCUACAAUGGAAGAAAAACUUGCACAAAAAGUAGAUUGCUUUUUAGUUAAAGCAAACCAAUAAAAAGAGUAUGAAGAAGAAAGAAACUGUAGAUAAAAAUUCUGUUUUCUUUUUGAUAUAGAAAAGACAAAGACAAUCACAUUUUUUCCAAAGCGUGGAAUCAAAGCAAACCAUUUGGAAAAAGAAAAACAAAUCCAUAAUCCCCACUAAAUUUUUGUUCAUAUAAACCAAAGACCAUAUAAUUAAAACAUUCAUGUAAAUUAAACAAAGAGAGAUGAAGCAGAGAGGAAAAGAAGACGAUGACAAGAGAGGCUUUUGUCGCUGGUUUUUCAGGUUUGUAGUCGUUAAACUCAUGGCGAGUCACAAGGAAGGCAGCUCUGUGACAAAGAAACUGAUCAAGAACGAAUCAAAAUCUGAUAUCACUAUUUAUUUCAAGCAACGAGAAGACUCGGAGGACAACGCUAAUCCCAUCAAUAUUAAUACCUCAGGCUCCGAGAAAGAGAGGGUGAUCAUGCUUGUUAAUGGUAACAACGGCUCAAAGAAGAGCAUAUCGAGUGAGCCAAGCAUUAGGCGAUCUCAUAAUGGAGCUGAUAAAUCACAGCCGAAGCCGCUUUUGAAUGAUAUAAAUAGGAAAUCACAUGCUUUCAUUGAGAGUAGGCUCGAGAAGAUGCGAAAGGGCUUAUAGCCAAGUUAGUACAUGAUGACCUCUCUGUUUUGCACAGACAGACCCUUCUUUCUUCACCUCAUUAUUCAUAUCAUAUACUAUGUCUUAAGGAAUCCUAUCUAAGAUUUUCAUCAAUUCAUUUAUAUAUAUAUUGCCUGCAUUCACAUAAUUAAAUUACAUCUAUGUAUGUAUACUUGUAUUUUGAAACAUUUUUAUUGCAUAAUAUCAGAUAUAUAUAAGAACUUUUUUCAAAGGUGUUGCAGGUAUUUUAGUCGUAAAGUGAUAUAUAUAUAAGAACUUGUAUGUAUGUUACCUACCAUGAUUGACAGGUUUCAUUCUCCAUACUAAUAAGCAGGUUGGGAAUCAAAUCAUAAUAGGAAAAUGUAACAAAUUUUUUGUUCCCCUCAAUUCAUUCUCCAUACUGAUGUGAUACGUUCAUUCUUUGCCUAAUUAGAGAUGUUUG